UAAGAAACAGCAACAUGCUAUAAUUCCAUAUUGUGGACAGUGAUGACACUGGAAUUGUUAAUAUCAGGUCUGAGGCUAUAUUGAGGUAAUGUUUACAAUAUUGUGCCUUACAGAGGGGUUGAAACAACAAUUUCUAAAAUCUCCACCUAGUAUGGUCAAAUAUGGGACAUGUAGCACACCUUGUUGAAUCUUGCCAGGUCUCAAAAACUGAAGAGGGUGCUUGGGUGAGAGGCCAUCAAGAAAGCUCAUAGAUGUGACUAGAUUGGGGUUAGUUAAAUAAAAUAUCUCAAAGUGGCAAUGACAAAUAUGUGUUUUACUGAUACCAAGGAAAAUUACAUGGAGUUGAGUGCAACUGAAGGGAGAUUUUAACUUUUUAAUCCCAAGAGAUGGCUUCAAAUUGAAAGGAUUCAUUGGAGUAGAAAUGUUCAAGGAUAGAAUGAAAGUAAGGGGUGAGAAAACAGACAGGUAAUUGACUGAUAUCCUGAAUUAUCAACUAUAACUUGCAAUAUGAGUAUCAAAAGAGAUCCCAAAUUUGUCCUCUUAACAAAUCCAAUUCAGGGUCUUGGAACAGGAAGCAUCUUUGCAUGUUGAUGAGAGAAAACAUAUUAACAUUAAUACAAGGAGGCUGAGCAUGUAGGAAACGUUCUUCCCAAGACUGAGAGGAUCUUCAAAAAGCUGAAAUAAUCACUGAAGAAAUGUUUUCAGUAAGAGUAAGAAGGAAAGCUGCCUUACAGAGAUUAAAUUAAAAGACACCAGGAAAAGGUCAUAAUCAGAGCAAAUUAAGUUUAUGAUCCAUGUCAGUAAUACUAUUCCCUUUUUUUCUUAGGAUCAUCUGAGUUCCUUGUGAUUCAAUGCUCUUAUUUAAAUUAUUUUCUCUCUUCUCUCUUUCUCUCCACCCCACCCUUAAUCUUUAUAGGCCUUUGCACUGAAGCCAAGUGAAGAACCUUAUGAUUGCACUAUACAGAACUCAAGUCAGAUAAGACUUCAGAGGGGAAAAAUACCCUAGCGUCAGACAGCUCCUGCUUUUUUUGGAAGACUCGUCCAUCAAUUUCUCCCCAAAUUUACACCACAGAAGCACCUUCUGGCUACACACACUGAAACAAGCAUCGAUAGCUGUGCUUCCAUUUUUCUUUCAAACUCCAUAUUAAAAAUCCUUUUCCCACCAUGUUCCAGCGUUUCACCAGCCUCUUCUUCAGUGAUAGCAGCGCAGUUGAAGUCGUUGAGGAACCUAAGCCUUUUGUUUCUAAAGAGGAAGAAGAAGAUGGAUGGCUUAUUAUUGAUCUGCCAGAUAGUUUGGCUUCAAGUCUUGGCACUGAGCAGUGGGUAGGUGAGAAGGAUUCUGUUUGCGCUUCCCGUUGCCGCCAUGGGUCCCUUCCACCUACCACGUCUUCACCCCACUCCCUCAGUGACUGUGUCAGCAGGUCCAUGCCCUCUCAGCCUGACCCCUGCUUGAUGGAUGAGAGUUGGUUUGUUACUCCUCCCCCCUGUUUUACUGCAGAAGGUCCUGAUCCUGUCAGUAUGGAGAGCAGCCCCAUGGAGGACCUCUUGAUUGAGCAUCCCAGCAUGUCUGUAUAUGUCACCACCACCACCAGCAUCAUUGUGGAAAGAGAGGAUCCUGAGGAGAACAUCCAGGAGAACGAAAUACCUGAAAACUGUUUACAGCGCCGUCCCCCACACCACUCCACUUCUCUUGCUACCAAGACUGCCAUCUUGGAGAAGGUCAAUCAAGUGCGUCGGAUUCAGAGGGCAAAGCAGUUAGCAGAGAAGCACAAGUUGAGUCAGAAAGUCAUGAAGAGGCAGAACCGUGCCAGAGAGUGCCGCCCACAACGGGCCAAACACCAAGGCCACUUUGUCUACCAACCAUGCCAGCGCCAGUACAACUACUAAGCUACUUCAGGAAGUCUACACUGUGGGGCAUUAUCCUUUUAACUUUUAGCUUCACUAGCUCUUCACAAUGCUUUUUCCAUCCAAGAGGGUUGUCUUCACUCAUUUUCUGAAAUUAAUCGUCCCUCCCUGUGAGACCUUCCUACAUUCUCAUGAACUUGCAACAUUAAAUGGUAGAUCUUUUGUGGGCUUUUCUUGAGCUUUAUUCCCCACCCUGUUUUUAGCAAAAAGUAUGUUUUUCUGAUCAAUGACUUCUUUUUUUGCAUUUAAUGUCCCAUCUCCUACUCUACAUCCUAUUUCCAGAUUUUGAUUUGGAUCUCAUAGUGAAUGAAACACAACAUGCCUUGCUAACAUUAAGAAACAAGACAGCAAGUCAACUUUGAAUCUCCAAUAUAUGGUUUUUUUAAGUGUUGGAAAAACAUAUAUGUAUCUUGGUUGUUAAGAGAGACCAUGUUUCUUGUGUGAGUGUGUUUCUUGGUCCUUAGGUAGCAUGAAUUCACACACUGGCUAUUGUAGCAGUUGCCAGUGUUAGACUAAUUUGGUGCUUCCAGUGAAUAUAUCACCUUUAUUUUAAUUUAAAUAAGUUACAGCAGGAAUAUGGUGCCCUGUCAUUUCUUUUCAUCCCUUGUUAUUGCACUAGAGAGCCUGUGACAUCAGUGCCUUUCUUUUUGACAUCAUGCUCAUGACAAAAAAAAAACCCUAAUAGAUUGUGAUGUCAAAUGGAGAUACCAGGUUCCUGUGCAAAAUGGAACACACACACACACACACAAACCAACAAGAAAGAAGCCUAACGAAUCCCAAGUUAAAG